GCUCAGACGAAGAAGAAGAAGACGAAGAAGAGGAUGAUGAGGAUGAUGAAGAUGGAUAUGAAGAUGAGGAAGAAGAGGAAGAUUACGAAGACGAAGUCAGUACUCGUAAAGCGCCCUUUUCUUACCGGAGUGGCUUUCCAAAUACCCUUCAGGCCAAAGGCAUUUGUAGCUCACUGAACAAAAAAAAAUAUUCGCAACUGAUUAGGCAACAUCCUUACCGUUGCUGAGGACCUACUCGAAAACGACGGCAAAAAGUUUUUAGAGAUGAUGGAUAGAUUGGCAGAUCGGAAAGUCCAACGCGAUGAUGAGCUGAUGGAUAAUCGAGGAGUUUACGAGGAAUUUGACGACGAUGAGGACGGCGAUUUCGAGGAUGAUGGUGUCGAAGAGGAUGCCUUGACAAAAGAGCAGCGUAUGGAGGAAGGACGCCGUAUGUUUCAAGCAUUCGCCGCACGGAUGUUUGAGCAACGGGUCCUGAGCGCAUACCGCGAAAAAGUGGCUCAGGAAAGGCAAGAACGCCUCCUGGCUGAGUUAGAAGAGGAGUCACGGCAGGAACAACUCCGUGAAGAGCGGAAAGAACGAGAAAAAGAGCGGAAGCGCGACAAGAAGAGGUUGCAACGACAGCAAAAGGAAGAAGAAAGAGCCGCUAAAGAAGCCCUGCGCUUAGCUGAAGAAAAGCGAUUACUAGAAGAACGGGAGCGAAAACUAGAAGCAGACCGAAAGCGACGAGAAGAAGAGCGGCGUGCUAAAGAAGAGGAAAAGAGGUUACGCGAGGAAGAGCGGCUGAAGAAGGAGGAAGAACGGAAACGCAAGAUCAAGGAAGAGAAGGCACGUGAGAUUGAGAAAGAGCGUAAGCGCAAGGAAGAACAGCAUGCUAAAGAGCAGGAAGAACUAGUACGGAAGGCAGAGCUCGAAGCACAGAAGGUAGCAGAAGAGGCGGUUAAGGAAGCUAAGCGAUUGGAGCAAGAGGUCUAUCUGAAGCAGCAGCUCGCUGAAGAACAGAAACGACAACAGGAGUUACGCCAGAAGGAGCAAAAAGUCAAAGAAGACCUCGAAAAAUUGGAGUGGGAGACUGCUUCUGCUGCAGCUGCAGGAAAGGAAGUAGCUGUAACGGAAGAGAUAGUUGCCGCAGUGUUGGAAAAUAGCUCGCAUGAUCUCGCCCCUGAGAGCAUUACAACAUCAAUAUCAUUAAAUCGUGAUGGAACUACCGUUUCGAGAUCAGGUAUUGCCAGUGUCACGCAUGGGUCACAAAGUCGGUCGCCCACUAUGCCCUUAUCAACCUCACCACUCCAUGCUGAAGAAUCUUUGAUCAACCAGUCUCAACCUGCACAAGGCCCUUCAACGUCGCUUGCAAAUAGUCUAUGGUCCAACCCAUAUUCAGCGCAAAGUAUUUCCCAGCCUCAGCUCCAACCAAUGUUUGCAUCAACUAUGCAACAAGGCCUCUUUAGACCUCCGGGGCACUUUGGUCCCAUUAGCGGCGACCUCGAUCCCUUCUCAUCUCGUAUGGGUUAUACUACUGGUCGCGGUGGGUAUAUGGGAGCAUCGCAUCAGAAUGCUUCAACAUUCCAAAGCGAGCCUCAACACCAUCUUUCGUCUAAUCAACUUCCUCAGCAGAUGGGCGGACUUCGUUCACCAGGAUUAAAUUCAAUUGGGUUCGGUCAGAUCAAUGUUCCUUCAAAGCAGCUGCUUACCUUGAUGAACCCCAAUUCUGCGCCAGGAAGCCAUGAGUUAACAAACAGCAAUGGGUCGCCAUUACACAGCCCACCAGCCUUGGGAGCCAUUGGGACCCCUAUCGGUUCUUUUGGCCCUAUAUCACCUAUCGGACAUACCCGAAGGACAUCCACACCUUAUGGGACAUCAUCAGGCGAUGUGAUUAAACCUAUUCAGCGUCCGGUCCCCAUCGGUAGACCAAAGGACAGCCAAACUCAUUCCCACAUGUCCAGUAGCUUUGAUGGUAUCUCGCUCGGACUUUCAGGAUUAACAAUCGGUUCUGAGCUUGACCGGAGGCCUAGAUCACCGUCUUUGAAUCUUGCAGGAGGAUCAGCUCUGGACUUGGAUGGGAUUGCUCUUGGUAAGGAUGCACUACGGCCAACGGGUGAUGGGGCUGAUCAUCCCAGUUUACAUGCCUUUGGCAACGAGAAUGGAUCUAUACAAACACUCAGUUCAAGCGAUCGUAACCAGCGUGAGAGUUCAUUUUUUAGCAAUUCGUUCUUUGGAAGCCGGAUGAACGGCCAUGAUCCUUUCUUAGCAUCAGACUUUUCGUCUUUCGGACAUCAACUGCAGAGCCAUGGAUCAUUGCCUAAUGCUUCUCACUUCAUGCCCCCUUAUUCUAUGCACAUUCCAACAUCGCCACACAAUCAACAACAGCACUUGCAACAUCAGCAGCAGCUCUUUAUGCAGCAGCAGUUUAUGCACCCUAAUCUGCAGGAUUUACAGCCACAGCAGUUAGGCUUGAGCCCGCCCCCUUUAAAUGGAUCUAAUACUUGGAGUCGUACCAAUUUCAUGAGACCACCUCACAUGAAUGGCCCUGGUGGAACCGUUGUGAACAGUAGCGGGAAUGGAAGCUCGUCAAACAUUGGAUUAAUGUCUUCUACCUCACGCGCACACUCGCCGCCACCAGUCUUAGGAGGUAGCCUACAUAACGGAAGCGGAGGAGCGGGUGGACUCCAUAGCCCAUUACUACCCAUCGGACCGCCCAAUGGGCCGUCUAGUCAUUUACAACAGCAACAACAGCAACAGCAACAUCAAUAUGGUCACUUUCCCAGUAACGGAGCCAAUGGGAGCCUUGGGUUGACGGUUGGAUCAGGCCGAAAAUCGGUGAGCCACCUACCACCAUUAAGGCAUGGUAGUCUCUCUAGUGAUGCUUCUUCAAACAAUAGCAGUGGCAGCGCUAAUAGUAACUCGACUGGUCUGGUGAUGGAAAAUGACCGACUCUCUAAUGGAUUUCGUGGCGCUGGUGCCGGUUAUACAUCCCAUCAUAUUCAACAGUAACAUCAUAUAAGUGUUAUGGGCGAGGCUGCAGGCUCAAGAGAUCCAACGCACGAGCCGUAAAAAAAAAAAGAAAAGAAAAGAAAAAGAAAUCGCAGCGGCUGUACAGUUCACACUUAUGCACAACUCCAUUUACUAAACCUCACAUUUAUGCACUUUCUCACAU